CCAUAUAUAUAUUUAUUUAAUUCCCUUGAUUAAAUAUAUUUUUCAGUGAAUAUGAAAGAUACAUGGCUGAACUGUGCAAGCCUUUUCUGAUGCAAUUGAGUUGAAUGGUGGUAGAUUUCAUGAUGUGAAGCUAUUUAGCAUGCUGGUGACAGACACACAGAUGCUGCAGGAAGGGGAAAAAAGUGAAGCUGUUGGUUUUAAGUGAAAGUGCAUGAGGUUUCCAGCCAGGCAGGAGUUAAUUUCCUUACCAUGCUGCUAUCUAGUUCCUAAGUGGCUGUUCCAAUUAGGAAACAAGACAUCAAACAUGAGUCUUGAGAAAGCGGAAAGGCACUUUGCAAUAUACACCGAGCAAUUUCACAGUGCUGAUGCACGGCCAGGGAUCCACACUAGCGUUCAUUACAUCAUUCUCUCCCAGUCCAUUAUCCGGCAGCUUCAUCAGUGGAAUACGCAGGCCACCGGGCUCUGCACCGUCACAGCGAGCUGACGAGUCCCUGCUCAGUGACAGGGUGUGUAAAUUUGUGGAAAGAAUGCACGGCCCUGAGGACAGGCAGCGGGGAGGCUCUUGCACAUGACAGAGAAGAGAUCACAAGUGUUUGUGCCCAGCUGCUGAGGGGAAGCAGCCAGCAUUGGAGAUCCUGUGACAUUUGUUAAACUAGUUUGCUGCCGAGCAGGCUACAGAGCUGCUGGGCUAGUUUGUGGGCUUCCGGACCUGUAUUUACCAGCCACUGACAGGCCAACUAUUGAACAGGUUAAAUCAUUCGGCUCGCUGCUGUUCUUUCCCUCGGUCACAUUGUAUUUCCACUGCAGCAAAGGUGAAAAUGUCCUUCAGACCCUCCUGACCACAAACUUGAGGGCUUAUUUUUUUUUUCCUCCAGCCCCCCCCCCUUCUUGUUCUGAAGUCGCUCUGCAUCGAGCAGCAAUAUUUCUAUAGUUGUGCGUCACUGGGUGACUGCAUGAUAAUGAAGCAGUUCCACUGGAGGCCAGAACUCUGCUGCCUUUGAGGAAAGAAGCGCAGAACAGUUUGAUAAAGCACUCCCAAUCUACCGUGUCACCGUGGCUGCCAGAAGCAUCAUGUUAAGCCUACAGGAUUCCGUGUUCUUUGAGAUUAGUAUAAAGUCCCUGCUGAAGUCCUGGAGUAGCAGCUCUUCCACACCAGCCAGCAGUGUAAACAAGAGGCGGGUUGCUCCCAUCCACAACUGCACCUUGGAAAAACGAAGUGCCAUCAUGUCAAACAUUACCAUAGACCCCGACGUCAAGCCUGGCGAGUAUGUCAUCAAGAGCCUAUUCGCUGAAUUUGCAAUACAAGCAGAAAAGAAAAUUGAAGUUGUGAUGGCUGAACCCUUGGAAAAGCCUUUAUCAAGAUCUCUUCAAAGAGGUGAAGAUCUUCAGUUUGAUCAGCUGAUAAGCUCUAUGAGCUCCGUAGCAGAGCACUGUCUCCCCUCCUUACUCCGCACCUUGUUUGACUGGUAUAAGCGCCAAAAUGGAACAGAAGAUGAAUCAUAUGAGUACAGGCCUCGUUCCAGCACAAAGUCAAAAGGGGAUGAGCAGCAACGAGAGAGGGAUUACUUACUUGAAAGGAGAGACCUGGCUGUAGACUUUAUUUUUUGUUUAGUUUUAGUAGAAGUCCUAAAACAGAUUCCUGUACACCCAGUUCCAGAUCCUCUUGUACAAGAAGUCCUCAAUUUGGCUUUUAAGCACUUUAAACACAAAGAAGGGUAUUCAGGAACCAAUACAGGGAAUGUGCAUAUUAUUGCAGAUUUAUAUGCCGAAGUCAUCGGUGUCCUUGCCCAGUCUAAAUUUCAGGCCGUAAGGAAGAAAUUUGUAACAGAGUUAAAGGAGUUACGUCAAAAGGAACAAAGCCCCCAUGUUGUACAGAGCAUCAUCAGCCUGAUCAUGGGGAUGAAAUUCUUUCGUGUCAAGAUGUAUCCCGUGGAAGAUUUUGAAGCUUCAUUUCAGUUUAUGCAGGAAUGUGCACAGUACUUCUUGGAAGUGAAAGACAAGGACAUAAAACAUGCACUUGCUGGUCUGUUUGUAGAGAUUCUCAUCCCUGUAGCUGCUGCUGUAAAAAACGAAGUCAACGUGCCAUGUUUGAAAAACUUUGUGGAGAUGCUCUACCAGACCACGUUUGAACUGAGCUCAAGAAAGAAACAUUCCCUGGCAUUGUACCCUCUGAUUACCUGCCUGUUGUGUGUCAGCCAAAAGCAGUUUUUCCUAAACAACUGGCACAUAUUCUUACAAAACUGUUUAUCCCACUUAAAGAUGCCAUCUAACAACAGUAUCAGAAAGCAAAUAGAAACCCUCCAGAAUAAAGAUCCUAAAAUGUCUCGAGUUGCACUGGAAUCUCUGUAUAGAUUAUUGUGGGUUUAUGUUAUUAGGAUAAAAUGUGAAAGCAACACUGUAACACAAAGCCGCCUUAUGAGCAUUGUAUCUGCACUUUUCCCCAAAGGCUCCCGUAGUGUAGUGCCCCGCGAUACCCCUCUUAAUAUAUUCGUCAAGAUCAUCCAAUUCAUUGCUCAGGAACGUUUAGAUUUUGCAAUGAAAGAAAUAAUAUUUGAUCUACUCAGUGUUGGAAAGUCGUCUAAAACCUUUACCAUCAACCCAGAGAGGAUGAACAUAGGUUUGCGAGUCUUCCUUGUUAUAGCAGACAGCUUACAGCAAAAGGACGGGGAGCCGCCCAUGCCAACAACUGGAGUGAUCCUUCCCUCAGGAAACACUUUGCGUGUAAAGAAAAUCUUUCUUAACAAGACCCUGACCGACGAGGAGGCAAAAGUAAUAGGGAUGUCCGUUUAUUAUCCGCAAGUGCGCAAAGCAUUGGAUAGCAUUCUCAGGCAUCUUGACAAGGAAGUUGGUCGGCCCAUGUGCAUGACAAGCGUGCAAAUGUGUAAUAAGGAGCCCGAAGACAUGAUCACAGGAGAGAGGAAGCCUAAGAUUGACCUGUUCCGGACGUGUAUAGCUGCUAUCCCGAGGCUAAUUCCUGAUGGUAUGAGUAGAGCAGACCUCAUCGAACUGCUAGCAAGGCUUACAAUUCAUAUGGAUGAGGAGCUCCGUGCACUGGCCUUCAAUACUCUGCAGGCAUUAAUGCAGGAUUUCCCGGACUGGCGGGAGGACGUUCUUUCGGGAUUUGUUUACUUUAUUGUGCGUGAAGUGACUGAUGUUCAUUCGACCCUUCUAGACAAUGCAGUGAAGAUGCUGGUGCAGCUAAUAAGUCAGUGGAAGCAAGCAGCUCAGAUACACAAUAAAAACACAGAUGUGCAGCGGGGAGUGCCUAAUGGUGCUGCACAUACUCUUCCUCUUGAAAGAAGUCUAUAUUCCAGCGUAUUUCACGUGGUAGAAGGCUUUGCACUGGUUAUUCUUUGUAACAGCCGACCUGCCACAAGAAGAUUGGCAGUCAACGUCCUGCGAGAAAUUCGGGCCUUGUAUACUGUUCUGGAGGUUUCCAAGGGUGAUGAGGAGUUGGCUAUAGAUGUAAUGGACAGACUGAGCCCAUCUAUUCUUGAAAGCUUUAUACAUCUCACUGGGGCCGAUCAGACCACCUUGCUGUAUUGCCCAAACUCAAUAGACCUACAAACUCUAGCAGAAUGGAGCUCUUCACCAAUAAGCCACCAGUUUGAUGUGGUCAGUCCAUCACACAUUUGGAUCUUUGCUCAUGUAACACAAGGCCAGGACCCGUGGAUAAUAAGCUUGUCCAGCUUCCUGAAACAAGAAAACCUGCCCAAGUACUGCCCGACUGCUGUGAGCUAUGCCUGGAUGUUUGCUUAUACCCGUCUGCAGCUUUUGUCUCCACAAGUUGACAUAAACAGCCCCAUUAAUGCUAAAAAAGUUACUGCAGUAACAGGCAGCGACUCCUACAUAGGCCUCUGGAGAAACUACUUAAUUCUGUGCUGCAGUGCAGCCACGUCCACCUCACCUGCAUCUACUGGCUCUGUGCGCUGUUCCCCUUCUGAGACGCUGGCGUCUACUCCGGACAGUGGAUAUAGUUUAGAUUCAAAGAUUAUUGGAAAUCCGUCCCCUUCAUCCUUGUUUAAGCACAUAGUACCAAUGAUGCGCUCUGAGAGCAUGGAAAUCACAGAAUCACUCGUUCUGGGACUUGGCAGGACCAACCCUGGAGCAUUUAGGGAAUUAAUUGAAGAGUUGCACCCCAUAAUUAAGGAAGCACUUGAUAGAAGGCCAGAGAAUAUGAAGCGACGCAGGCGUCGAGAUAUUUUACGAGUCCAACUCGUCCGUAUAUUUGAACUGCUGGCAGAUGCUGGAGUCAUUAGUCACAGUGCAAGCGGUGGCCUUGAUAAUGAAACACAUUCCCUGAACAAUACUCUGUUGGAGUAUGUGGAUUUAACCAGGCAGUUGCUGGAAGCAGAAAACGAUAAGGACUCUGAUACACUAAAGGAUAUCCGAUGCCAUUUUAGUGCCUUAGUGGCGAAUAUCAUUCAGAAUGUUCCAGUGCACCAGAGAAGAAGCAUUUUCCCUCAGCAGAGCCUUCGCCAUAGCCUCUUCAUGCUCUUCAGCCAUUGGGCAGGACCCUUCAGCAUCAUGUUCACACCAUUGGACAGAUACAGCGAUCGCAACAUGCAAAUAAACCGACAUCAGUAUUGCGCUUUAAAGGCUAUGUCAGCUGUACUGUGCUGCGGUCCGGUUGCAGAUAAUGUCGGCCUAUCAUCUGAUGGAUAUUUAUAUAAAUGGUUGGAUAAUAUUUUAGAUUCCCAAGACAAGAAGGUUCACCAGUUGGGCUGUGAGGCAGUGAUGCUUUUGCUUGAGCUUAAUCCAGACCAGAGCAAUUUAAUGUACUGGGCAGUGGACCGCUGCUACACUGGCUCCAAGCGGGUGGCAUCGGGCUGCUUUAAAGCUAUAGCCAGUGUUUUCCAAAACAGGGAUUACCAGUGCGACACAGUGACUCUUCUUAAUCUGAUCCUGUUUAAAGCAGCCGACUCGGCCAGGGAUAUCUAUGAAGUUGCUAUGCAAUUACUGCAGAUCCUGGAACCGAAGAUGUUUCGCUAUGCCCAUAAACUGGAAGUACACAGAACGGACGGGAUCUUAAGCCCUCCAUCUGCUCUGCCGCACUUGUACUCUGCAUCCUACUAUCAGCUCUCUGAGGAACUGGCAAGGACCUACCCGGAGCUAACACUUGCUAUCUUUUCAGAAAUCAGCCAGAGAAUACAAACAGCGCACCCUGCUGGCCGUCAGGUGAUGUUGCACUAUUUACUUCCUUGGAUGAACAACAUCGAGUUGGUGGAUCUGAAGCCUUUGCCUACAGCACGGAGGCACGAGGAGGAAGAUGAAGACUCCUUAAGGGACCGAGACAUGAUGGUUAAUAGCAGGCGCUGGCUAAGGGGAGAGGGCUGGGGAUCACCUCAAGCAACUGUCAUGGUCCUUAAUAACUUGAUGUACAUGACAGCUAAGUAUGGCGACGAGGUUGCAUGGUUGGAAAUAGAAAACGUCUGGACCACACUUGCAGAUGGCUGGCCAAAGAACCUGAAAAUCAUUUUGCACUUUCUAAUAAGCAUUUGUGGUGUAAAUAGUGAACCCAGCCUCUUGCCUUACGUAAAGAAGGUGAUUGUGUAUCUAGGCAGAGAUAAGACUGUGCAGCUGCUUGAGGAGCUGGUGAGUGAGCUUCAACUUACAGACCCAGUCAGCUCUGGAGUGUCUCACAUGGACAAUCCUCCAUAUUACCGCAUCACUUCUAACUAUAAAAUACCCUCCGUCACCUCAGGUACCACUUCCAGCAGCAAUACAAUGGUAGCUCCUACAGACGGCAACCAUGAGAGCAGGCAUCUAAGAGACAGCACUGAGGAGAGCUACACCCAUCUAGAUAUCUACAGUGGCCUGAACAGUAACCUCAGUCGGCAGCAUCACAGGCUGGAGUCUCGCUAUAGCAGCAGUUCUGGGGGAUCGUAUGAAGAAGAAAAGAGUGAUUCAAUGCCACUAUUCUCAAACUGGCGUCUCAAAGUGAUGGAACACAAUCGGGGAGAGCCUCUACCAUUCCCGCCCUCAGGGGGCUGUUAUUCACCACUGGUAGAUUACUUACCAGAAACCACAUCACCGGGCAUGCCACUUCACAGGUGCAACAUCGCAGUGAUCCUUCUUACAGACCUUAUCAUCGAUCACAGUGUUAAAGUGGAAUGGGGAGUCUACUUGCAUCUCUUGCUGCAUGCAAUUUUCAUAGGGUUUGACCACUACCAUCCGGAAGUAUAUGAGCAUUGCAGACGCCUCCUCCUGCAUUUGUUGAUAGUCUUGGGCUCAAGCAGCAAUGUGCAGAACGUUGCUUCUGUUCUCCUCAGGAACAGGGAAUGUAAUGAACCAAGGGUGCUUACUGUCAGAAGCAGUGCCCAUCUGGACUACUCAUUCACAGGCAUUAAUGAUUUUAUACCUGAAUACCAACCUUCUCCCAUGACGGACUCAGGGCUCAGCUCAAGUUCUACCUCGUCAAGCAUAAGCUUAGGGAAUACAAGCACUGCAGUUCCGCACAUGCACACCACCAUCCUCAACGAGGUGGAUCUCUCCGUAGAACAGGAGGAGAAAGUCAAAACACUCAUGGAGUUCAUCACUUCAAGGAAAAGAGGACCACUUUGGAACCAUGAGGAUGUUUCUGCAAAAAACCCAUGUAUUAAAAGUGCUGAACAACUUACUGUGUUCCUGAAGCAUGUGGUCUCUGUUUUUAAGCACUCAAGAUCAGGAUUUCAGUUGGAGCACCAGCUAAGUGAAGUUGCAUUGCAAACGGCACUCUCCUGCUCAUCUCGCCAUUACGCUGGAAGGUCUUUUCAGAUUUUCCGGGCUCUCAAACAGCCUCUUACCGCGCAAACCCUGUCGGAUGUUCUUUCGAGACUAGUAGAGACUGUAGGUGAUGCAACUGAAGAGGCUCAGGGUUUUGUCAUCGAGCUUUUGCUUACACUGGAGUCUGCCAUUGACACACUGUCGGAGUCCAUGAAACAUUAUGAUCUUCUCUCUGUACUUGCCCAAAGUUCAUACCACGACUCUCUAAUGGGGAAUAAAAAUGCAGCUAACAGGAAGAGCACUGGACAACUGAACCUAAGCACAAGUCCUUUGAGCAGCGGGAACUUCAUGGGAAAUUACAACAAUGCAAGAAGCAACUCUCUGCGGCUGAGUUUAAUGGUGGACCGUAGAGGGGACAGGCGGCGGAGUAACACACUGGAUAUAGCAGAUGGAAGGAUAAACCAUGGAGGCAGUUUAGCAAGGACUAGAAGCCUUUCCUCUCUGAGAGAGGGAGGAAUGCAGGACGUACAGCCAGCUACAGAUCCCACCAAUCUCCUGGCCACGAUCUUUUGGAUUGCUGCGUCCUUGCUAGAGUCAGACUAUGAGUAUGAGUACCUUCUUGCUCUCAAACUUCUAAACAAACUGCUCACUCAUUUGCCACUGGAUAAAUCCGAGUGUCGAGAGAAGAUAGAAAAGGUGCAGAGCAAACUGAAGUGGAAUAACUAUCCAGGCCUUCAACAGCUCUUCUUAAAGGGCUUUACCUCAGUGUCUACGCAGGAAAUGACUGUUCACCUGCUCAGCAAGCUCAUCACUGUAUCUAAACACGCACUCGUGGAUCCGCCCCAACUAGCUGGAUUUCCUCUGAACAUUCUAUGCCUUCUGCCUCAUUUAAUCCAACAUUUUGAUAACCCGACGCAGUUCUGUAGAGAGACAGCAGACAGGAUAGCUAAGGUCUGUGCAGAGGAGAAGACUGCCACACUUACAAACCUAGCUCACAUGAUGAGUUUGUACAGCACGCACAGUUACUCAAGAGACUGUUCCAACUGGAUCAAUGUUGUGUGUAGAUAUCUGCACGAUUCCUUUUCGGACAUCACUUUCAGCCUUGUAACAUAUCUUGCUGAACUCCUGGAGAAAGGCCUGGCGAGUAUGCAGCAGUCUUUGCUGCAGAUUAUCCACAGUCUGCUCAGUCACAUUGACCUCUCUGCUGCUCCAGUCAAGCAGUUUAACCUUGAGAUUAUCAAAGUCAUAGGGAAAUAUGUGCAGAGUCUCUACUGGAAAGAAUCCCUAAACAUCCUGAAGCUCGUGGUGUCUCGAUCGGCCAGCCUGGUGGUGCCUAACGAUGCCCCUAAAUCAUACGGAGGAGAUCUAGGCUCUCCUGAAAUCUCAUUUACAAAAAUCUUCAACUGCACUUCCAAGGCGCUACCCGGGAAAACGUUAGACUUUCAUUUUGAUAUCUCAGAGACACCAAUCAUAGGGCACAAGUAUGGUGACCAACAUAGUGCGGCAGGAAGAAAUGGAAAACCCAAAGUAAUUGCUGUGACACGCAGCACAUCAUCCACCUCAUCCGGCUCCAACUCCAAUGCUCUUGUGCCUGUCAGCUGGAAGCGCCCUCAGCUAUCUCAGAGGCGAACCCGGGAAAAGCUCAUGAAUGUUCUCUCGCUGUGUGGGCCAGAUUCUGGGCUCCCCAAAAACCCUUCAGUGGUUUUCUCAUCAAAUGAAGAACUGGAAGCCGGAGACCAGCAGACCAGCCUCAUCUCCAGCACAGAGGAAGCCAUUCAGGAGGAGGAAGUUGCUGUGGAGGAUACAGGCAGUGAACAGCAGUUUGGAGUUUUUAAGGACUUUGAUUUUUUGGACGUGGAGUUGGAAGAUGCUGAGGAGCUGCAGGGUGAAAGCAUGGAUAACUUCAACUGGGGUGUCCGCAGGCGAUCUCUGGACAGCAUUGAUAAAGGGGAUACCCCGUCUUUGCAGGAAUGCCAGUACUCUGGCAGCAACCCCAGUCUGAACCUGACCAAUCAGGAGGACACAGAUGAGUCCUCAGAAGAAGAAGCACUGACAGCAAGUCAGAUAUUGUCUCAUGCACACAUGCUUCACAGCGAUUCCACGAUGGAGGAGAGUAUACCAGACCACGUGGACUCUCUUCAGCAUUCUCUAGAUUCUAUAGUUAGUAGUGCUCUGACUGAAGAAGUUCUACGAACCAGAGCUGAGACCCCAAGUCUGGAGGUGACCCCUCCAGAUAGCGCUAACAGUCAGCUGCCUGAGGAGGCCAGUGUAGCAGGAAAAGAUGAGCAGCUGAGCACUGCAAGUGAAGACACAGGCUCGUAUGUUACCCAAGAGCAGCAUGAACAACUACUUUUUCAGGAGCCCUUAGAGGUAGAAGAACCUUGUGAUCUUCUGGAACCCCCAGCUCCUGAAAGCCCCCCUGAUUCUGUCUGUGAAGAAGACGUCACACUUGCUUUAAAGGAGCUGGAUGAAAGAUGUGAAGAGGAAGAAGCCGAUUUCUCUGAUCUGUCAAGCCAGGACGAGGGAGAACAGGACUGCUUUGCAGAGGUUCAGGCGUCCCCACCCCCUUCGCCCUUUCUCUCUGCGAUUCUGGCUGCUUUCCAACCUGUGGCCUACGAGGAUGAGGAGGAAGCCUGGCGCUGCCAUGUCAAUCAGAUGCUGUCUGAGACUGAUGGCUCCUGCGCAGUUUACACUUUUCAUGUGUUCUCCAGGCUGUUUCAGACCAUACAAAGGAAGUUUGGGGCACUGACAAACGAUUCAGUCAGCUUCCUCGGAGAAAGCCUGCAGCGAAUUGGCACCAAAUUUAAAAGCUCCCUUGAGGUGAUGAUGGCUUGCUCACAGUGCCCAACGGUCUUUGUGGAUGCAGAAACGUUGAUGUCCUGUGGCUUACUGGAAACCCUGAAAUUUAGUGUACUCGAGCUUCAGGAACACCUGGAUACCUACAAUGCCAAGCGGGAGGCUGCCGAGCAGUGGCUGGAUAACUGCAAAAGGACCUUUGGUUCUAGAGAAAGUGCUCCUACAGCUAAUACAGAAGCACAGCAAAUGGAAAUACUAGCAGAGCUUGAGUUAUGUCGGAGGCUGUACAAGCUGCAUUUCCAGCUUCUGCUGCUCUUCCAGUCCUACUGUAAACUCAUCAAUCAAGUGGACUCAAUAAAGAAAGAGGAUGAGGUUAUAAACAUGUCUGAGGAGCUUUCCCAGCUGGAGUCUUACCUGAAGGAAGCAGAGUCCUCUUCAGAUGUUGGCAUAGAAGACAAUUCUGAAUUUUGCCAAGGAAGUGAAGCAGCCGUUCAUUCUUUAAUAGAAAGCCUGAGAGCAAAUGAUUUUGCAUCAGCCAUAGCACAGGUCAAGGCUUUCAGGUCUGUCUGGCCCAAUGAUAUCUUUGGAAGCUCAGAUGAUGAUCCAGUCCAAACGUUACUGCAUAUUUAUUUCCGACAUCAGUCCCUAGGCCAGACCGGAAGCUUUGCUAUCAUUGGCUGUAAGCAUGACAUGUCCAAAGCCAGCUCGAAACUGAUGGAGCUCAAUCUAGAAAUCAGACUUUCACUGCGAGUCGUGCAGUCCUACCAACUUCUCUCCAAAGCCCAACCGGUCACUGACAUGGGGAGCGCUCAGUUUUGAACAGCCGCUUUCAUGUGGAUGUCAGGAAAAGUGAAGCACUGGAUGUCCGAGAAUCUCAUCAAGCACCUUUCAUAAUUACUGUUUUUCCUAUAGAUGAAUGCGUAUUUUUUUUCUCUAAAACUGCGUAGAACUUAAACAGUCACGAACUCCAUCCGACAGUUGAGCGGCUGAGGAAAGGGAGACUCCGUGUGUCAGACAAUGGAUGUUACGCCUGGAGAUUUAUUGUUUUGUUUUCUUUUGUUUUCUUUUGUUCCAAGCUUACUACCCAGAAGCAAAAGGGCUAACACCGUGUAAAUACCAGAGCUGGUGCAAUAUAUAGGAUUUAAUGAGGCGCAAUGUUGUAUGCUCACUAUUGCAGUGUCUCACCUAAAGGAUUUCUGAUUAAACCAGUCACCAGGUCAGACAAAUGUACAUUGCUAUGGACUGUCCACAAAAAAAAGACAAAAGAGACUUACAAAAGCCGUGGGGCCACAAUUGAACUUCUCCUUUAUGUUCCAGUCUGUGCAGAUGGCAGUUGGAGCGUGUGUUUGACAGAUACGUUUCUCGAGUGUACAGAAGGUCUCCGCGCAUGCCUCAAAGAGUACUGCAAUAUUAUUUUUGGAUAAAUUUUUAUUUUAUUAGCUCUAACACCUCAUACCGUGUAAAUGGUAGGACAUUCAAAUUAUUUUAAACUGGGGAUUUCCCCAGUUUUUCUAAAAAAACAAACAAACAAACAGAAAAAAAAAAGAAUAAUAUAUCUUAACUUUAUUAGAAUGCUGCUCAGUUCUCUGACCAGUGCUUAUGGUAUAAAUAUUAAGUACUAACCAAAAAGUAGCUGCCUGCAGAGACUUUAAAAUGUAUAUUUAGAUAUGUGCUGCCCAGCCGCAGUUUUCCCUAGAGGAACAGAUAACUUAUUUUAUUCUGUAUAUAUUCUAGAAUCUCAUUAUGGUGUUCUACCAGUAUUUUUUUUUUUUUUCUUGUAAAUCUGUGCGAUGCACUGUUAUAGGAUGAUAGAUGUACAAACGCCAACCCUUUUAAUGCUUCUAAGUGGCACCGAGAGGCUCAAGCAAUGGCGGACAUUGUGAGGUAGAGUAUGUAUUGUAUGGCCUAGUUUUAUAGGAGGCUUAGAUAAAGGUAACCAACAAUAUAAAUGCAUCUAUGUUUCAUUAUGUUGUAAUUAGGAGCGGUCUUGAUAAACAGGCAAAGCUACCAAAAACUCCAGCCUUGGCGCUAAGAGCUUACUGUAAAAAAAUAAAAUGAAAAUCUGUAGCACAAAAUAAACAGGUUUCUCUAUA